GUUGUUACUGUCCGGGCAUCAAGUCGCCAAUGCCAGCUCGCUAGACACUGUACUACUGUACUCUCCAUAUCCUCCUCUAGCAGACACUGCACAGGUCUGCUGGCUUUGAAGAUUGACCGGAGACCACCAAAUACGGCCCACACGCUGUCCGAGUAACAAUCAUGCUUUGCCAGCUCAAAGCCCUUCAAGAUCCCUUACAGCCACCAUCCACUCGGAAUCUUGAUCUAGGCUAUGCUAUCGUUGUGGCGACGAAGACCGACUAUGGAGAAGUAUCGCGGGAUUCGUGGGUGCCCAUAUUGGCUUUGUUCGCCAGCAACAAUAUGAAGCUCUGAAGCUUUAUACUGCUCUACCAUUCAUGGGCUUCUCGAUCUGCCGGUGACCCAAAACUACAAUACUAGAGGCAAAACAAUCGUAAAAAAGUGUACCAAAACCACGCCCAUCUCAUUUCCGAACGCAGUCUC